GGCAUGGCGGAUAAAACGAGAGAUAACGUCAGUAACCGUGUGUUGUCAUCUGCAAAUGAAACUAAUGUUUCUAGUGAUUUGCUGGGUUCGUCACAAGAGCAGACCUCUGUUAUGAGGAAGAGGACUGCGUCGGCAGAGUUGGCUUCAUCACAGUCUAAGAAGCACAAGUCGUUAUCUAUGAGUUCACAGAAGAAGACGUCUGCGUCGAAAUCGUCUUCGAAGUCUUCCAGUUCUACUAGACCUGUUCAUCAGACGUCAUUCAACGAAGAUAUCGAAGAGGCAGAAAUCUUCGACGACCCGCUGAUUUUGCUGCCAGAAGUUACCUUAGUCAGCAAAGUGUCACAGCAACAGUUGUCGGCCAGAUCUACGUCUUCUGCCGCUUCAUCAGCGCAGCAGAUGAUUAGAGAUUGUCCGUCAGCAUCUACUUCACCGGCCUGCAGGGAGUAUCGUUCUCGAACAAGAGAUUCCAGCCGUGAUGAGCAUUCGCGAAAGGAGGAUCCUAGGAAGGACUCGCCAUUGGAGCAUACGCGAAGAGAUUCGCGAAGACACAGCUCGUCAGACAAGGAUGAAGAGAGCGAUGGGAUGGAUCGUGAGUGGUCUCGAUUUAGCAUCUCCAUCCAAGGAACGGAAUGAAGCACUCACUUACAGAAUGUUUGAUGAUGACUUUGAUUCGCUCACGAUCCCGCCUAUUGAACCCAUCGUAGGAGUCCCAGCAAGCCUCAGUCUAGCCUUCGUAAAAGCAACGAAGUCACAGAACCAGCAUGUUCCAGUUUUUAAUGCGCGAAGAUUCCCUCUUCACCACAUGAGCCAUUUAUGAGAGCGCCCGACUUAGAUGAGAAUUACAGACUUAUCAACGAUAGCCGCAGUAAACUAUAUAAAGUGGAUGAUAAAAAGAUUGCACAGUUGGAUACCACAACUAGACACACA